AUGGCUCUUCAGGCUCUUCAGGAAGUCUCUGGAGUGGGGCAGGCACACAACACCAUCGCACACGGACGCCGUUCAAAGGGCGCGCGGCAGCUCCGGGUACCGCGUGCUGGGGCUUGGCAAGUGAAGUGUGUCAUCAGUAACCCAUUUAUUUUAGACGAUCCAGACCUGAAAGAUAUUGACCCCACGGUAUUAAAACAUUGCCAUGCUGCGGCUGCAACGUGUAUUCUGGAGGCAGGGAAGCAGAGAGCCGACAUAUCUGCUCUAAGCACUUGUCUAGAAGACUGUAAACUGGAUAAAGAGAGAAUAGAACAGUUUUGCACCGAAUAUCAGAAAAACAAGGAUGCAUUGGAAACACUAUUGGGAAGAACAGUGAUUCAGGAUCACACCCAGAUGUUAGUUUUAGUUGCACGAUGGAGCAAUUACAGGUAUUUCUUCCCUUCAUCAUUAACCGCCCCUCGCCACGCCAAAAUGCACCGAACAACCAGAAUCAAAAUAACCGAGCUAAACCCCCAUCUCAUGUGCGUGCUCUGCGGCGGGUACUUCAUUGAUGCAACAACCAUCAUAGAGUGCCUCCACUCCUUCUGUAAGACCUGUAUUGUGCGUUAUUUGGAGACCAGCAAGUAUUGUCCUAUCUGUGAUGUCCAAGUUCACAAAACUCGACCGCUUUUGAAUAUAAGGUCAGAUAAAACUCUCCAAGAUAUUGUAUACAAGCUAGUACCAGGCCUUUUCAAAAAUGAAAUGAAAAGAAGAAGGGAUUUUUAUGCUGCUCAUCCGUCAGCUGAUGCUGCCAAUGGCUCUAAUGAAGACAGGGGAGAAGUGGCUGACGAAGACAAAAGAAUUAUAACAGACGACGAGAUAAUAAGCUUAUCCAUUGAAUUCUUUGACCAGACUAGACUGGAACGAAAAGGAAAUAAGGAGAAAGAAAAAUCAAAGGAAGAGGUGAAUGACAAAAGAUACUUACGCUGCCCAGCAGCAAUGACAGUGAUGCAUCUAAGAAAGUUCCUGCGGAGUAAAAUGGAUAUCCCUAACACUUUCCAGAUCGAUGUGAUGUAUGAAGAGGAGCCUCUGAAGGACUACUACACCCUAAUGGACAUUGCCUACAUAUAUACCUGGAGGCGGAACGGGCCUCUCCCCCUGAAAUACCGGGUCCGACCUACUUGCAAGAGGAUGAAGAUCAGUCACCAGAGGGAAGGCUUGAAUAAUAGCGGGGAGCUGGAAAGUGACUCUGGGAGCGACAAGGCGAGCAGCCCAGCAGGAGGCAUCCCCUCCACCUCCUCCUGUUUGCCCAGCCCCAGCACGCCAGUCCAGUCUCCUCACCCCCAGUUCCCCCACAUCUCUAGCACCAUGAACGGCACCAGCAGCAGCCCCAGCAGUAACCACCAAUCCUCCUUUACCAACAGAGCGCGGAAAACAUCGAUAAAUGGCUCCUCGGCCACUUCAUCUGGUUGAUGAGCCAACCAGGCUACCGCCCCCACCCCUCCUUUAUAUAGAUCUCUCCAUGCCAUUACAGCUUUAUAGAUGCUAAUCCAUGUGACUAUCGUCCAAAUUGCUUUCUUUUGUAGUGACACUGAACUUGGCUAUAAAAGGCGGACUAGGUGACAUUCAGGAUGGACGUUAAUGGAAACGCAGGAUUGAAAUGUAAAUUGUUUUCAGAGGACUGGGAAGCAAACAAAAGUUACACCUUCACCUGUUCUGAGUGAUGCGGAAUUGUUUCCGUCCCCAUCAUCUGGACUCGGGAGUCUCCUGAAGUCAAUAAUACAAAUCCCGGGAAGUAGUUUGUUAAUCCAGACUAACUCCUCCAUUGCGUUCUCUUUGAUUGUUAUUGUUCUUAUGCUGUUUUGUGAACCUGUAGAAAGCAAGUGCUUUUUCAUCUUGAAAUCCAACGAAACGGAAAGAAUAUGCAUAGAAUAAUGCAUAUAUGUAGCCAUGUCACUGUGAAUAA